AUGUUCGCCGCCACCUUCUUCAUCCUCGUGCGCUGCGUCUACCGAAUCGUGGAGCUGGGCCAGGGCUACUUUAGCGAGUUGUUCAGGGAUGAGGGUCUCUUUAUCGCCUUUGAGUCGGUGAUGAUGUGUAUCGCUGUCUUGCUGCUCAACGCUGGCCACCCCGGUCCUGUAUUCAACAGGAGAAGGGCGAUCGCCAAGGAGGAGCAGUCUUCUGAGCAGUCUGCUAACGAGAAAUCCGAGCCCCAGACCAGGGCUGGUUCUGCUCGCGGAGAGAACGGACAAUAA